AAAAGUUUCAAAUUGGUUGAAACACACCAAAACACCCUAAAUAGAAUAAGAACGUUAGCAUUUUUCGUUCCCAAAGGUAUAUCGAUCAAAUAAUUCUGCAUCGUAACCUAGAAACAUAGAGUUGAAUUUUCAAUCAAAUGUCUAAAAUACCCCUCGGAAAAUAGAAAACAGUAAUAAUGACUGAUACAGAAAGUAAUGUUGAUGAUAUAUCACUUGAUGCAAAUGAAGAAGGGUUAGAAGAAGAAGAGGAAAUAGUCUAUGAUAGUGCAACCUUCCUCUCAGGUCCUAGAUUUAGUGAAAAUUGUACGAUCCACGAAGAUAUCCUGAAGUUCGACUAUUCCUAUGGAUUCACUUUGCGAAAGUAUUUCAAUUUGGCUAUGGCUGAUCCUGAUCAUCUCUUAUUCACCUCAGGAAAUAUCAUCCAUAUUUUCCACGUACCAACAAGGGAGAUGAUAUUCAGAAGAACAGCUCUCGGAGGUGGUAUAGGAAAUAUAAGGACCAAUCCUAAUCCUGAAUUCCCUCAUGUAGCAGUUGCAGAAAACGGGAACAAAUUUGGCUCCCAGCCUCUGGUGGUUAUUUAUGAAUGGCCAUCGCUAGACAUUAUCUGCGUUCUAAAAGGAGGUUCCACAUUGUCCUUCACGAACCUAGAUUACAGUCCAGAUGGUAUGCUACUAGUAUCUCAAGCUGGGGAACCUGACUACCUUAUCACGAUUUACGAUUGGACUAGACAUACCAUUUUGUUGAGAGCAAAAUCCUACGUGAACGAUGUGCACAGAGUGAAGUUCUCUGAGAGUGUACCUGGCCAAUUGUGCACAGCAGGUGUGGCCCAUAUCAAGUUCUGGAAGAUGUGCACUACCUUCACUGGUCUGAAACUGAAAGGAGAAGUUGGUCGAUUUGGCAAAACUGAAUACACAGACAUCGUUGGAGUAAUACCAAUGCCAGAUGAGAAGGUGGUGUCUGGAUGUAGGUGGGGUAACCUGCUGGUAUGGGAGGGUGGUCUCAUAAAGGUGGAGGUUAUGAGGAACAACAGAAAGCCCCUUCACGAAGAUCAAAUCGUGCAGAUAUUCUAUCUAGACGGGGAGCUGUGGACAGUGUCUCAAGACGGUCACGUGAAGGUUUGGUGGUACGAAAAGAUUGACCAGGCUGAUCCUCCAGAAGACGAUAGGGUGGUGAUGCUAGAGCCUUCGUACGAUUUUUAUACUCCUGGCACCAUGCUUUUAUCCAUCAUCAAGAGAUACAGACAUGAUCCCGAUUCUUACCACUACUUCGCGCAGGAUGGUAACGGAGGUAUCUGGCUCAUUGAUUGCAACGUCUAUGUAACCCCAGAGGUGGGCCAAAAGCUGGUCAAGUGUCAUGCAGGAGAUGUAAUGGAUUUGGCAGCGUCACCUUGCAAGCAUUUUUUCGUCACUCUUGGCAUUGGAGGCCGUUUUUUGGUCUAUAACUAUGAGCAGAGGCAGAUCGUUUUUGAAAAUAAGUUUCCUGCCAAAGGAGCAUGCAUGCUAUGGCUGCCUGUCUCGUUGGUUCGGCAUGCAGAUGAAAUUAUCAUGGGUUUUGACGAUGGGAAUCUGAGAGUUUGCCUGCUAGAGCUACAAGACGACCCGGAAGAAAUAAAAUUCAGCGUUAUUCAAAUGAUCAAACCUCAUAGCGAACCUGUGACCUGCAUUUCAAUAAACCCAUCGAACACUGUCUUAGUGAGUGGUGGUGCAGAUUCCACAAUUUUCGUGUUCAAACUCGAUACCAAAGAGGACUGCGCAUUCCUGGUUCCCAUUGGGUAUAUACCUUCUCCAGACACUCCUAGCUGCAUCAUAUGGAAACCAGACCAUCCGAAUACAGUGUGUGUCGGUUGUCUUCACGGCUCUUUCUUCGAGGCAGAGGUACCAACAGAGCCGCAGUUCUACACAACGGUCUCGUUUUUACUGAAGGUCAAGACGAAGGCCAGGAAAUUCUUCAGCUACAAGUCUCAGAUCAGACGAGACAUCGAGAUAUCUAUCAUUGAAGCGAGGAAGGCCGAGAAGAGAGAUAAAAAAAGGGUAGAAAUGAUGAAAGUCAAGGAAGAGAACCCUGGAUUGGAAAUUGAUGAGGAAUUGUUUUUAGCUGAUUCUGAGUCCUCCAUCAAAUGGGAUCCCUUGUUUAUACCUGAAACGCCUGGCGACAUACUUUGGUUGCAAUACACCCCAGAUAACACAAUUUGGCUGUCUAUGUCAGGGUACGAUGCAGGCUAUAUCUACGAAUACCAAAUAGAUCAAAAAGACGAUAUUCCUCUGAAAUUCAAGAUGGUAGACGAUGCAGAUGAUGUAGAAAUAUCAAGUUACGUUUACAAUUAUAACAGGAAAUAUAUGAUUUUUGCAAUGCAAGAUGGCACCAUACGCGUUAACAGGCUCAAUCCAGAGGAUUUCCGCGAUCUCAGCAACUAUUGGACAUUGGCCAUGCACGAGAAUCUCAACGGAUUCAUACCAGAAAUGUGCUUCAGUUAUGACGAGAAAUAUUUCUUCUCCUGUGGUCAUGAUGGAAACGUUUUCGCCUAUACUUUCCACCCUGAAGGCAACGACUACAAGCCCAAGAGCAUGAUACCGGAAGCUCUAGCAAGAUCAAAUCAAAUGCCCGAACUAAAAGACCAGAAAGGAUACGACGUGCUCAGCCUGGAGCAAGCCAUGAUAAAGGCGGAGCAGGACAGAAUAAUGCGGGUGGCCAACGAAAACAAGAGGAUAUACAGGAACAAGAUCGCAGUCCUGAGGGACAGAUACGCAGUUAUCCUGGCGAGAAAUGCCGCCUUGCCAGAAAGCCAAAGGAUCAAGCAGGAUCAUCUGGAGAUAGAUUCGAGGGUUACGGAAGCCCUGCAUAAUCUUUUGGAGAGGAAAGUGGCGCUAGUAAGGCGAAAGAUGGCCUUCGAUUUAUCUAAAGCGGACACCUUGUUGAAAAAACUCAAGUCGUAUUAUCUGAACAGGGUGGAUUAUUUUCCUGUUACCAUCACGGCUUUGGUCAGAGACACCAAAAUCAGCUGUUUACGCCAGAAACGUUUAUCGCCAGCCCUUUUCAACAUGCAUGCUUUCAUCGAUAUGAAGAUUUUGGAGGCGGAUCUCAAAGGCAGGAUCGUGGAAAGGGCAGCUGCUGCAGCUAAAGCAAAAGUUGCGAGGAAGAAGAAAGCUAAAGAACUGGAAUACUUUCUGCUAACAUUGUCUCAGUCGACACUAGACAUGAGAUUAGACGCCAAAUUUACUAGACUCCUCAACAAAUACAGGACGAGAAAAUCGAAAUGGGAAACGAGACAAGAACAAUGGGAAGAUUUCAUGGCACUGCAACCUGUUGAAGGUCUUGACCAUCCUGAUGAUGUGGCGGCUUUGGCAUAUGCAGAGAAAAAUAUUGGUGAUUUCAAACUGAAAACAAAUGCUAAUUAUAAAGUUACCAACCCACAAGAAAGAGAGACUACUCUGAAAAAAUAUAGGCAAAUAAUUAUGAGUCGCAGAAAGCAAUACAACAUCCGACACAAGUUCAGUCAGAAAGUCUACAGCCUAAGGGAUCAGAAGGAGGAAGUCCGACAGCGCUUGCUCAAGUUCGAGAAAGAUCUGAAGAAAAUCCACGAAGAAAUACCACCGGAAACAAGGAAAAAAGGUCCUCCGAUCCCUCCGCAGAAGGAGUCUGAACAUCCCGAGAAGCAGUUCCAGGUGGUUUUGAAAGACGAAGAGGCUGAAUUUGCCGAAGAGCACUACAUGUACGUUCCGCAACAGUACAUCCAGAGAUUCGUGGAGGAACCAAACGAGGACAGUGCUGAAAGGGAGAUUAUCCUCGGUUUGGGAAGCGACCAAAACAUCGAUGACUUCUUCCAAGAUACAGCUUUCCUCCAAAGGAGCAAAGAAGUAUGCGAGUCUUCUUUUCCUGAACUGCUAGAGCUUUCCAGGGCAGAAGCUACCCCUUGGGAAUUGGAAAUAAGAGCUUUUCGUCUCAAAAGGAUGCUCUUCGAACAAGAGGAGACCAUACAGAAGAUGAACGAUGCUCUCGAAGAUUUCGACGACCGUCUAGAGAAUCUCAACAACGAGCGGGCAGAAGCCUUGGUGGCCGGAUCCUUCUGCGACCUCUUCAUCCACAAGCUCCACCAGGAGCUCGUCAUCCUGAGGGAUUUUGAGGCGCACGAGGAGGUCCUGCAAGAGAAGGUCAACGCUAGGAUGACAAACGUGCUGGACAUGGAAGACGUAAUCCACGAAGUCAAAUCGCAGAUUGAGAGUCAGAACACUGCGAUCGAGAAGAAUUUGGAACAGCAAGGGCUUAUACACGAGCAGUUCAACAAGCUCAUACACGACAAUAAGUUUUCUGAUUUUUUGAAGAAGGUGUUCAAAAAGAAGUACAAGCCUCCCAAGGUGCAACAUGGUGAAGAUUCAAGUUCUGAGUCUUCGUCUUCAUCCAGCUCAGAAUCAGAAGAGGAAGAUGACACCAAAAGCAUAGACUCAAGAGAUUUCGGUUUCAUAAAGCAAGAUCUUAAUGUUUGUCCUAAAGGUUGUGAGCAAGAAAUAUUCGAUAAUACAAUAUCAUUACGUUCACAAAGGCACCAACUAGAAAUAGGAGUCAGAGAAUGUCAAAGAGACAUCGAAGGGAUGAAGAAAGACCUUGAACUGAACAUGAAAAAACUCAGGGUUAUGAAUUUGUCCCUACAAGCCAGCCAAGAAGAGCUUACCAGUUAUCAGAGAGAGAAGCAACAGAAACUGAAUGAAGUCGAAUGCACCAUCAUGUUGAAUCUGGAUCAAAUGCAGCAUCUCAAAGCACCAGGAGAAACAUGGCCAAUACCUGAAUGCUUGGUGUUUUCAAAAACCACCCUAUCGAAAUUAUAUAGAAGAGUGGGAGAGUUACAAUCAGAAACUUUGAAACUGAAAACCCGGCAUCUGGUAGAUAUAAGGCAUCUGGCCAGGAUGAAAACCGACUUGAAAUAUAUGCACACAGAAAUAAUGGUUCUGAAACAACAAAUCUUAGACUUGGUGCUGUUGAAAUUCGGCAAGGUACUCAGCGUUAGCGUAAUUGAUGAACAUUUGGAGAAAAAGACAUUCGGCGAUGACAUAGUCAAUGACCUGAUGGAGGCCCUAUUGAGAAAGAUGGUUCAUGAACUUCGUCUUAGUCUGGCCGAUGUGAAAUCGUUAUACAAGGAUGAAAUGAUCUUAUGGGAGAGGAAACUAGAAUUGGCAGAGAUAGAAUUCACCGAAACGCUGAGAGAAAAUACAGCUCGACUAGACCUUUUGGGACUGCUGAAAAAAGAGAAACUAGAACUUAGCUCUCAGAUAGCGAAUCAAGAUAAAAAACGUGAGAUGGUCGCCAAACGUAAAGGUACAGCUGAAGAGAUUGACAUGGAAUUGGGAGAUUUGAAAAAAAUUCUGAAGAAACAAGAGCAAGAAAUCGAGUCUAUGAAAAUUGAGAUUAAAAUGCUAAAAUCGAAGACACGUUUUCCUCCUGGAACGCAGAUUCAGGAAGGUAAAGACACUGAACUCAAGAAAGAAGCCUUCGACGAUAUAAAACACGCUCGAGAAUACCUUUAUCCAGAAAUGGUAGGCGAAGAGGAGUUCUCGGAUAUAGAGUUGCCUAUAAUCGGAACGCAUAGAGAGGAGACUAAAGACGAAAUCGUGAAGGCCAUUAUACAGCAUCUUGAAGAAAAUUUAGAUGUGAAAAUGGACCAGGUGUCAUUGGAGAAUUUUAUCAGGGAAACCAUCAUCCCUCUCAUCAACUACGCCAGUGUACAUGAGAUCGUGAAGGAAAUUGUCAACAAGAUUGGAGGGGAAUCUUCAAAGUUGCAAAUGGACCAAAUCAAAGCCAGUGCAGAAUUCAUCAAAGCUAGCAGCUCAAGUCUUUUUGAUUCGGAUACCCACGUUUUCAAAAAGGAGUCCGCCAAACCAGCACCUAUCAUUUCCAAGAUGACAUCAUCCGAGAUAAGAUUGUAUGUCGGAUUGGUCAUGGACGAUAUCCUCAAGGACAUGAUGUCUAAAACGGAAGAGUUUAAGUAUCAUAUAUCCCUCUGCAAUAUUAUGAUGAGGAGUGUAGAGGAAAUACCCAUAGAGGUAUUGAAGCGAUCCGAAGCUGCUGAUAUAAUAUCUGAGAAACUGAGCUCUUGUUCGUGCUUCUCGAGAGAUUCAAUCGAUAAGGUGAAAUUAGCGGAAGUUAUACAGGUUUGGGAAGAAUGCCUAUGUGGAUCCAAAGACUCCAUCGAUAAGGUGGAGCUUGCAGAAGUGGAGAUCGAUUGGGACGAUGAGCAUGCCCCUGUAAGAAGAAUGGUAGACGAAUUGUUGAACAGAGUGUUUGCAACUGGAUUGGAUAUAAUUACUUUUCGAAAAUAAGUCGUAUUGUCUUUUAUUACGCUUAUUUAUUAUUUUAUAUUUGUUACUUUUGUAUUAUUCAAGGACAAUCUGGCGAUAAUAAAGCUUUUU